AUGCCUGGUCCCUCAAAUACCUUGCUCAUAGAGGGUACAUUUGAGGAGCUCUCAGAAGAGCUUGCGCAGUAUCUCGACGAUGUGUCAAAAAAGCAGAAUCCCGAUGCUACGCCCAUCAAACCCGAAGUCACACCUCUACUCACCCAAGAAAAGAAAGACGACGUGCUCAAAAAGCUCGUCACAGCCAGCUCAGUCCUGAACAAUGCGCCAGAAAGAGCUUACACCAUGAAAUUCGCAGAGUUCGUGGCAGCAUACAACCUCCUCGUCCACCUUGUCACCCAGUCCUCCCGCGCCGAAAUGUUUCUGCCCAAAAUGACACAAAAUCUCUGUGCUCCCUUCCCCACUCCUAAUGGCCCCGGUCUUGCCCUAUCUAUCCUCACUACAGUCUUCAACAUCCUCCCAGCCAACUCCGACGCCCGCUACCACGUCUUCCUGGCCACCCUCCGCGUUGUCCGCUCCUCCGGUCUCUUCGAAACCCUUCGCCCUCAACUCAAGAACCUUGACGGCUGGAUCGCCCUCUGGGAGACCGACGAAGAAGAUCAACGCUCUCUAUUCCUGCAGAUCUCAGAUGUGGCAGCCGAAGUAGGGGACGAGGAUGAAUCCUACAACUAUCUCCUCCGAGCUCUACGCACCAUUCCCACAGACGAAGCGGCCAACGAAUCCUCUCACGACCUCGCCAUCCGCGCCCUGAAAGCCGCUCUCACUCACCCUACCCACUUCUCCUUCCAAGACCUCACCGUGUGCGAUGCAAUCCAGGCGCUGAGGAAGAGCGAGCCGGAUUGGUACGAAUUCCUGGAACUAUUCAACGCCGAGCAAUUAGACGACUACAACGACUUUCUAGAAAGCCACGACGAUUUCCUCGAGAUCGGCGGGCUGAACCCUUCGCUUCUGCUGCGGAAAAUGCGGCUCCUCACUCUCGCAAGCCUCGCGGCAUCGACACCAUCGAGGAGUCUGCCUUACCAGCAUAUUGCGAAAGCUUUGCAAAUUUCUGCCGAGGAUGUCGAGAUGUGGGUUAUUGAUGUGAUACGCGCGGGCUUGGUGGAGGGGAAAUUGAACGUUCUUGAUUCACAGGAGCACGUACAGGGUAUUUGGGGAGAAGCAGUGGACGGAGGUGCAGGGGCGACUGGAUACGUGGAGGGCGAGUUUGGAGGGGGUUUGGGGGUCAUCAAGGGGGAGAGAAUGAAGAUGUUGCAGGAGCGGGAGAGGGAGGCCAAGGAGGUCGAUGGGAAGGUCAAUGGGAUGAUGGGAGGAGGUGGGGCAACGAUGGGGAGGGGUAGGGGCGUGAGGACUGGGUUUGAUGAUUGA